AUGGAUGAGAUAAAUGAACAGACUAAGAACAUGAAGCAAAUUCAAGAAGCAUUAUCAACUCCAAUUGGUGCAGCAGCUGAUUUUGAUGAGGAUGAACUAGAAGCAGAACUUGAAGAAUUGGAGAGUGCUGAGUUGGAAGAACAGCUUCUCCAGCCAGCAACUAUAGCUCUUGCUGCCACAUCAUACCUCUCAGCUGGGCGGCAACCUACACGCCCUGUUCCUGCAAAGCUAAAUCCUGAGGAAGAUGAAUGGGAAGCUUUGCAGGCUAAGAUGGCACUUUGA